GCCCCACCUACCGCCCGGCCGCUCGCUGCCUUCGCUUUCGAUUCCUGCCGCGCCCGGGCCGGGGGGAGAGUCCCGCCCCGCACCGCCUCCUCCCUUCUCCUUCCGUCCUGUCCCGCUGCGGCCGAGGGGCGACGAUGAGCGACCCGGCGGUGUGCUGCUUCCUCACGAAGACGCUGUGCGCCCAUGGCGGGCAGCUGGGGCUGUCGGAGCUCCAGCAGCAGGUCGGUCUCUCGGCGCAGCAGCUGGAGGAAACGCUGUCGACGGCUGGCCCGCAGAACUUCCUGGUGCGGCGGGACGAUGGCGACGGCAGCACCCAGGUGCUGGCCGUGUCGGCCGUGCGGGUGUGUGUUCGCAAGGAGUGCGAAGGCUGCGAGCGGCUGCAUCUCUGCAAGCUCCACCUCAUGGGCAAGUGCAACCUGGGCUCCAGAGGUUGUAAAUACUCACAUGACAUCAUCAGUGGUGAGAACAAAAAAGUUCUUAAGUCCCACGGCUUGUCUGGUCUCGAUGAGAAUGAGCUGCGAGUGCUGCUCCUCCAGAAUGAUCCUUUCCUCCUCCCUGAUACCUGCCAGUUUUACAACAGAAAGGAUGGGACCUGCAACCAGCAGAACAACUGCAGAAGGCUUCAUGUCUGUCGACACUAUCUCCAGGGGAGUUGUAGAUUUUUAAAGUGCAAGAGGUCCCACAGCUUUUUGAAUGCUCAUGCACUGACACUGUUGGAAGCUGUUGGCAUUGAUUCAAACACAGCUUUAAAGAUCCAGAUCGUGUAUGACCACAAGCAUGUGGAAUUCAACAAGGAACUGCAGAAGGAGAGAGUACCCAAUUACAAACCAAGAGCAAAUGUAGCGAAAAAAACCGUUACUACAAUAAGCAAAGAUCUGAGGUCACCAACAGAGUACUCCAGAGCACAUGUGCCACCUUCAGAAGGUAAAUAUCUAGGUCCUAGUAGCAGUGUAUCUGGUCAGAUACAACAGCAGUUGACAACAGAAGCCAGAGGUAAAGAUGGAGCAUUGCCCGAAGUGAAAACAAAAGCUGAAGAUGAAGAUAAAAAAGAUUAUUCCUCUGCCAAAGAUUCUAAGAACACCAAGGAAGAAAAGUGUGAUGAGAUCUGUGUCUUCUAUGUUUGGAAGUACUGCAAAAAUAAUGAUAAAUGCACCUCUGUUCAUUACCAUUUGCCAUAUCGAUGGCAGGUAUACAAUGGGAUCACCUGGAAUGACCUUUCCAUGAUGGAGGAUGUUGAAAAGGCCUAUUGUGACCCAAAAAACACCAGCAUGGCAGAUAGGAACAUUAAUUUCCAAACAAUGACCUGUGCUUCCUCCUUGAUUCGACGCCUCUCUACACCAUCAUCAGUCACAAAGCCCUCAUUACUACUGACCACAGAGUGGAUUUGGUAUUGGAAGAAUGAUCUAGGCCAGUGGAUUGAAUAUGGAGAGCAGGGAGAAGGAGAUAGUGUGAAAUCACCAACUUCUGCUAUUAUUGAGAAUUUGUAUCUAGCAGAUCCAGAUGCCACCAUAUCUUUCCAGGCUGGCUUGCAUCACUACCAGCUCAAUUUUAAAGAGAUGACCCAGAAAAACAUCACUUACAAAACUCAAAGACAGGUCUGCAGGCGGCCAAAGUUUGUGUCUGCUGAAGAUGUACAGAAGAUCAAGAGCAGCCAGAGAGAUUCUUCAUCUUCAUAUCAAACUUAUCCUAGCCACUGGGAUCCAUCUGCGCUUCCUGAGUUUGGAUACAAGGCAGUGGAGAUCAAACAUACAAGCACUGAAUAUGGCAGAAUAAAGCAGCUCUUCCUUCAAACGAUGAAAAACUACAAGGUCCUUAAGAUACAGAGGGUUCAGAACCCAUCCCUCUGGAAGGUGUUUCAGUGGCAAAAGGAGAAGAUGAAGAGGGAAAGAGGAGGGAGAGAAGUUAUCGAGAAGCUCCUGUUCCACGGAACCAAGAGCAUCUUCGUGGAAUCCAUCUGUCUGCACAACUUCGACUGGAGGGUUUGUGGGAGCAAUGGAACUAACUAUGGAAAAGGAAGUUACUUUGCUAGAGAUGCUUCCUAUUCCCAUGAGUACUGCCAGCCUGUGGGGAAAAACAAUACCAUGUUCGUGGCUCGUGUGCUGGUUGGAGAUUAUGUCAGCGGCAACACAGCCUACGUUCGCCCUCCGGUAAAGCCUUCUAACAGCCUUCAGUUUUAUGAUAGUUGCGUGGACAAUGAAUUCAACCCUUCUGUCUUUGUUGUCUUUGAAAAAUACCAGGUUUACCCAGAGUACAUCAUAGAGUAUAAGGCAGAAGAAGAGAAAUGUGUCCUGUCUUAGAGGGAGCAGAGCUGUUUGUAUCCCUCAUCUUACUUUUCUCUAUUGCAAGUGUUCUCGUGCUUGAUUUGAAUACAAUCCUUUGGGCUGUUAAUCCAAAGAUACUCUGGAGUGAGAAGGCUUGAUGUUACAGCUAGGUGAGGCUAACUGCCUUGUGGCCUUCCUUUCCUAAAUGAAACAUGGACAAUUGGAUAACUGUAGCAAGAAAAAUCAGUGUAAUGGGAUGAGAAAUCUAAUCGGCAACUAGUUUAGAGAAAGGAAAUAAUUUCAAGUACAGUCUAGAAAUUAAUAGAGAGGCUUUUUCUUUGCCAGCAGUUCAGUUAAGAGAAAAAUUAACAGUCCACAGGUUUCUAGUAGCCAGGGUCUUUGCAGUGUAGAAUAGGGCUGUUCUCGAGCCUCUUGUCUGUCACAGUUCUUACCAAGUCACUGUACGUAAGAAUGAGUUAGUUUUCAGAAUGCUUCUUCUUAAGGAUGCUAUGUUUCAAGUUUAAAAUGAAUAAACAACAAAGAGAAAAGUUUAAGCCCAUGUCCUAAAUUCUCUAGCAGAGAAGUUGCACCUCUACAGAGGCAGCGACUCUUUGGAUCAGGAAAUCAUUUGAUCAGAUUCUUUUUGUAGCUCUGCAGUAACUUGGUGUGGUAGAGCUGGAGUGAAACCGUGACAGUCACAACAAGCGAGUACUAAAACGUGGUGGUUUGGCUGCCACUGAUGGCCACAAGUCUCUACAGGCUGUCAGAAGCACUGACAGUUUCUGUCCUAUUUGUACACGGUAAUUUUCGUUGCCCUCAAACCCAGGACAUGGCUGACAGGGACCAGUUAUGUUCUCUCCAGGGCAGUGGUAGCAGUGCUGUCUUAAGAUAAAUUGUACACGUGUUUUGUUGACCACAUUGUGUUGGACAACUUGCUGAGAGCUCAGGGGCAAGUGUGGUUCCUCUUUGUUUUCUGGGCUUGCUGUGGGUGAUCCUAAAUAGAGCUUCCCUGGGCCUGGUGUUUUGCCACACUUCCUUAGUAGCUUUGUACAUCACUGACAAAGACAAACAGGGCUUAAGCCCCCUUUGAUUGCCUCAGAUGAAAAUAAAGAAACUCUAGGAGAGCUUCUGCUGAACUUAACUAGAGGGGUUGUACCUUAAUCGAGCUGAAGACCCUCUGUACAAAGCUGUCUAGAGGGGAACCAGCUGCUGAGGAUAGAGAAGCAGCAAAGUUUUGCUUUCAGAUUGGCUUUACAGUAACGGAAUUAAUCUCCCGGUUCUUUGUUUCCCUGAUCUGAAUCUGUCAACCACAUGUACUACUCGAAGCUUUCAAGUUCCUAAGAGGAUGGGGAAAUACAUAAAAGUAGGGUGUCUUACUAAAGUUACUAUCUUGGAACUAAACUAAAUAACGUGUCAGUAAUACUUUUAAAGGGGAAGAUUUUAGCAGUUUUUAAGAGCUUUCUUGCUUUCAUUUGCCUGUAGAGUUCCUGAAUUGCUGUUUUUUUUUGCCAUAGUUGCAAAUAAAACGUGUUUUCUCUCA